GCACCCGCCGAACAGCUCCCCUGAGCGGCUGGUGGCAUCGAGGGGUAUGGCCGCAGUGUGGCAGCAAGUUUUGGCUGUAGAUGCAAGGUACAACGCAUACCGCACUCCAAACUUCCCGCAGUUCCGCACGCAGUACAUCCGCCGGCGCAGCCAGCUGCUGCGGGACAACGCCCAGGCUGGCUACGACCCCUCGGUCCGCAAGCAGUACCUGCGGUUGCGCAGCCAGCUCUUGGCCCAGCGCUACGGCCCCCUCUCCGAGCAGAGCAGCUUCCGCGCCUACAGCAACAGUAUCGUCCGCAGCAGUCGCACGACUCUCGACCGCAUGGAGGAUUUUGAUGACGACCCAAGAGCACUGGGUGCCCGUGGCCACCGCCGCUCCGUCAGCCGAGGGUCCUAUCAGCUGCAGGCUCAAAUGAAUCGAGCCGUCUACGAUGAGAGAACCCCAGGCAGUGUGGUCCCCACUUCGGUGGCAGAAGCCAGCCGUGCCAUGGCUGGGGAUACUACGCUCAGUGAAAACUACGCCUUUGCUGGCAUGUACCAUAUAUUCGACCAGCAUGUGGAUGAAGCUGUGCCCAAGGUUCAGUUUGCCAACGACGACAAGCACCUCCUUGCCUGCUGCUCUCUGGACGGCACCAUUUCUGUAUGCCAGCUGGUGCCCACCCCUCCGGUGGUGCUGCGAGUGCUGAAGGGCCACAGCCGCAGCGUCUCCGACUUCGCCUGGUCACUCUCCAAUGACAUCAUCGUCUCCACCUCGCUGGAUGCCACUAUGCGCAUCUGGGCCACGGAGGAUGGCAAGUGCAUCCGGGAGAUCCCGGAUCCGGAUGCUUCAGAGCUGCUGUGUUGCACAUUCCAGCCCAUGAACAACAAUCUCACAGUGGUGGGGAACGCAAAGCACAACCUCCACGUGGUGAACAUCUCAACGGGGAAAAAGGUGAAAGCGGGCUCCAGCAAGCUGACGGGCCGGGUCCUGUCUCUCUCCUUUGACUCCCCCGGCCGGAUCCUCUGGGCGGGAGACGACAGGGGCAGCGUGUUUUCUUUCCUCUUCGACAUGGCAACAGGAAAACUGACAAAGGCCAAACGCCUGGUGGUGAACGAGGGCAGCUCCAUCACCAGCAUCUCGGCCCGCUCGUGGAUCAGCCGAGAAGCACGCGACCCCUCCCUCCUGAUCAACGCUUGCAUUAACAAGCUGCUGCUAUACAGGGUCGUAGACAACGAAGGGACACUCCAGCUUAAACGAAGCUUCCAGAUACAACAGAGCUCCCAUCCUGUUCGCAGCAUCUUCUGCCCGCUUAUGUCCUUCCGGCAAGGAGCUUGCGUUGUGACGGGCAGCGAGGACAUGUGCGUCUACUUCUUCGAUGUGGAGCGCGCCACCAAGGCCAUCGUGAACAAACUGCAGGGCCACAGCGCUGCCGUGCUGGACGUCAGCUUCAAUUGCGACGAAAGCCUGCUGGCCUCCAGCGAUGCAAAGGGGAUGGUCAUCGUCUGGAGGAGAGAACAGAAAUAG